AUGUUUUCUCUUCCGUUCGACCUUAUAGAGGAGCAACAGCAAGCAUGGGCAUCUAUACCUGAAACCCUCCCUCUGGCCCAUCAUUACUUCAAACUGCUCUUGAUAUUUUUAGUCAUAGUGCUGUCCUUGCUUCUAGAGGGUAUUCUUAAUACGAUGCUCCCGGUCUCUGGUGUACCGGCAACCCUGGCCGCUGUCUACACGAGUGUCCAAGGUCGUACUGGGUAUGUUGCUGACCUCGUUUAUGCACGGGGCACAGUUUAUUUUCUGUGCGCUAUUGUUGCUGUAUUCAUGAUAGCACACUUAUUUCGAAAAUUAAUCCCCCCGAAAUUGGCCAAUGGGUUAUUUCAGAAGCCCAAAGGAUUCAUGCGGUACCUCGUGUAUAGGGGCUUCCGCAUACCAUCCCUUUCCUUGCUUUCACCAAAUGUUGGUGGAAUGCUGGUAGUUUCGUUGGGUAUUCUCUUUUUCUCGGCUCUAACCCUGGGGCCGAAACCAUACUACUGGCCAAACACGGAAAAGGUUAUAUUUGGGAACAGUCCCCCAAUUGCUAUCAGGGCGGGAUGGAUGGCCCUUGGUUUAUUGCCUUUUGUGAUCGUUCUUGCAGCGAAAACGAACUGGAUUACGAUGAUGACUGGGGUACCCCAUGAAAAACUUCAAAUCUUCCAUCAGUGGACAAGCUGGGCAAUGUUUACCUUAGGGCUAAUCCAUAUGUUCCCCUUUAUAAUAUAUCAAAUUCGGCACGGAGAUAUUGCGUACCGGUGGAGUACAUCUGCAUACUACUGGACAGGCGUUGUCGUAAUUAUUGCGCAGGCUUACCUGAACUUCAUGUCCUUACCAGUGAUAAGAGCAUCUGAACAAAUUAUCUUGAAUAGGGAUUAUUUCAUUGCAACUGCAGCCGUAUAUCUGCCCUGCCUUGUUAUUGCUCAAAUUCGGACCUUUUAUAUCAACCGGGUUUGCCUAGCGUCAAUCGAUGUUCUCCCUUGCGGCCUGAUUCGUAUUAAGAUACCCUGCAUGAUCUCAUGGAAAGCAGGACAACAUGUGUUCGUCCGAUUUCUUGGCAUGGGAGCUCACUCUCUAACGGCACACCCUUUUACAAUUGCUUCAUUACCGCGUGCCAAUUCCUCAAGUGACCAGCCGAACGACAUGGUUAUUUAUGUUAAACGUCAAGAAGGGACUACAAAAUCGCUCUUAACCGCUGUUCAGGAAGCCUCUUCUUUAACCAUGGGGACCUUGAUCGAAGGCCCUUACGGGGGUGUUUGUCACGGGAGCGGAACUAUGGCCAAGUUUGAUACCAUUCUAGUAAUCGCUGGUGGUUCUGGUGCUGGAUUCUCCUUUACCGUAGUAGAAGAUGUUUUGAGACAUGUCACAGAGACCAAUUCCCCUGGAAGAACCGCAGAGAAGACUCUAAAGAUCAUAUACGCAGCUCAUUCCUCAUCUAUGGCGCAAUGGUACGAUGGCGAGAUCAGGACCAUGCUCUCACGUUGGGCGUCAAGCCUAGCCGUCUCGGUUUUGAUACAUACCACGUCGAAUGGUGACUCUCUUCGUGGCUCUGAACCCCAGUUAGAAGGGACAUCCAAUAACGAUGAUAUCACCGACCGCCCACAGAACGCCCGUACACGGAGCUAUGAUGAUAUAGAAAAAGGAUCGGUGCACGGUGAAAAGAAUGAAAACUCCCAAGGGAUGAUAAGACCUAUCAUCCAUCUACAAGGCCGGCCAUCGAUAAGCAGUGCCGUGGCUUCUCUGACUGAUAGAGCUGCAGGCAAAACGAUUGGAAUAGCCGUUUGUGGGCCAUCUUUAAUGAUACACGACGUUCGAAAUGCGGCGGCAGAAGCACAACGGAGCGUGUUAGCAGGCCAUGUUAAAGAGGUGUUUUUACAUACAGAAAGCUUCUCGUAUCUCGAUAUUGAUUUUGAAGCGCUUCGAAUCUCUGUUGGCGCCCCUUUCUGCGGGGCGUGGACGAAAUAG